UCGGUGACUUUCGGAACACUGUCUGCUUCAGUGGGAACCGUUAUUUACAUCGCAGCCAUAUGGCGAGAGGUACUGUCAUGUUGUUAAAAUUAAUACCACUGUUUUUUUAACUUCAUGAUUUCGUUGUAUGGCAUGUUAUCGCCAUUUUGAUUAAAACCCAGCAAUCUAACCAUUCCCAUGUCAAAUUUAUGGAUAAGUGCUAUGAACUGUUUGCUUUUCUUUUACCAAAGACGACAUACAUGUGUUUGAAUGUUGUUUAGAUAUAAACACUCCUUGGGAUGUACCGCAAAUGUGAUUUUCUGUUAAAGGUAUGUCUUUAAAAACUGUUGAAGCUUGUCGAAAAUGUAUUCCAAUGUUUUGGUUGCAUAGGCUAUCGUUUUAUUGUAGAUUGAAGUCAUACUAGAUAACAUCAUCGACAAGUGGAAGUGAGGAGACGCUCACCGCUAGAAAUGUUUAUAGCAUAAAGAGACUGGGUGUAAUCACUGAAAACUAAACAUUGACUCUUAUCGAUAAUUCGUGCAUUCAUAUAACUAGUAAAAUAAUAAAUCGGUGUACCUUCAUGCCUAAACAUAGACAGGACAGUUUCCUAGACUUAGUAAGCUACACAUAUUUACAUUUGCUACAACCAGGAUUUACUAUGAGAAGCUGGUACGUAGGCCGCUGUACCGCUAUACUGCGACGAGCUAUAGAGACCGGGCUAACAUAAUGCUGGUACCAGAGAAAGCUCAUGCUACCGUAUAGCUGGAUAUGUGUUCAUCACACAGAUAUUAAAGGAAAUUGACGAUGUUACCUUGUCAACAGUGAAGAGGUUGUGCAAUAUACAUAGACAUGUGUUCAUUUCGAUAUUGAAACGUGUUCGACGAUGUACCCAUUUCCACACUGAAGACGUUAUGUCAUACUGUUGAUUAUGAUAUUGAAAAGGACAUCAACGACGAUGAAACCAUAUUGAAGAGGAACUGGUCAUGUCACUGCAUCGAUGCUGAGGGGAGUUAGAACUCCCUAAUUUUACCCUGUGUGAGGUUUUACGGAGCAUUAGGUAUGCGUUUCACAGGAAUUUUAACACUGGUCUUCCUAGCCGACAGUAUAUACGGAAUUGAACAGCAAGAUAACAAGAAAGUUGGUAUCCUCCAUCCCAGCCAAACCUCCGUAUUUGACCUCAUCGAUGACCUCCUGAUACGAAUGGGUACAAACAUCACUGUAACGUAUAUCAACGCCACCGCCAGCAGCGAAAAUCUCGACCACUACCAAAACGCAGACGAAAUCGUUAAAACACAGAAGAUAUCAGCAUUAAUUGGACAUUUUAGUGAAACGUUCGCCGUAGCUACAGAACAUAACCGGAUACCAUACUUUGUGACAGAUAUGGUGCCCUGGGAUUGGCGCCAACAUCGGUUUCUUAUCCGGAUUAUACCUGAUAUAAGUGUGUUCCGAAUGGCCAUAUGUGACAUCCUAAAGUAUUUUAAUUGGAUGCGAGUUGGAAUCUUAUAUGAUAACGAUGCAGCAUCCCAAGUUGUGAUUAACUUAAUAGGAAAUUAUACAGAUAGGAUCAAAGCAUUCAAUAUUCGCUAUAAUAGUACGAGUGCUAAUGUGAGGAACGCUCUAAAAGAACUAAGAGACAAUUACUAUGAGAAAUUCAUCAUUUUGUGCUCUUCCAAGAAUGCAGACAUUGUCCUAACACAAGCAUUGUAUUUAAGUUUACUUUCCCGUCCAAAUACAUGGCUGGUUGUUAACAUGGGAGUGGACGACAUAACCUUAGAUAAAUACAUUGAUUCCCGAGCAAACAUGACGUCUCUGUCCCUUAUGCUUGACACCAACACUAGCUUUUGUGCCUUGACCGGUUCAAAUUGGACAUUGAACAAUGCUGUGUACCACGACUCCUUAAAAAUCUAUCAAACUAUGCUUGAUUUCAACAACGGAUCUGGCAGAUUCCAAAUGCUCAAAACCUUACGACAGAUAACCAUCGACGGGUGCACAGGUCAUGUAGAAUUCACAAAGGCUGGGAAGAGAAAGGAGACUUUUCUCAGGAUGUCUACUCUGGCAACAUUGAAAAAUGGAACAAGUACUCUAUUUCAGUCAGGAACAUGGAGAAGCCUUAAAGACACCAUGCAACAGCGGAUCGAACCGUCCAGGUCUUAUGAUAGUGUUAUGAGAAUGGGCGAUGACAUAUUUGGCAACGAACCACUAAGAAUUACAACUAUCAUCGAGCCUCCGUUUAUCCAAUGGAAAAAUGACAGCCCGCUGUCACACCCCAUUUACAACCUAAACGACCAUCUGGAAGGUUUUUGUGUCAGCGUUUUAGAAGAAAUGGCCAAAUUAUUGGAUUUUACAUACAAUCUAACACUGGUACCUGAUGGCAAAUUUGGAAGUUUGAAGUCUCAUGGGUGGACCGGAAUGGUCAGAGUGUUGUUCGAAAAGGAAGCAGAUAUCGCUCUUGCACCAUUCCAAAUUACUCCCAAAAGAUCCAUGGCUGUGGACUUUACCAAGCCAUUUAUGACAAAAGGAACCAGUGUUGUCGUGAAAAAGCCAGACAGAAGUGUGUCACCAUUUCAGUUUUUAUCCCCACUGUCAAAAUAUGUGUGGAUAGCAAUAUUUGUUUGUUUCGUGACGACAGCCUUAGUGCUGUUUGCGACUAGUCGUGUCAACAACGACAAAAAACCAAAGUUUAUGCACAAUAUGAGAGAAAGUUUUUGGUACAUUUGGGGAACCAUCUUACGCGGCAAUUUGACAGGGUCCCCCACUGGGAUAUCCAGUAGAAUUGUGAGUGCUGCAUGGUGGUUUUUCUCUUUAAUUAUAAUUUCUAUAUAUACUGCUAAUUUAGCUGCAUUUUUAACUAUUUCCAAUGCACAUAUACCUAUAGACUCAGCUGCUGACUUAGCUGACCAGACAGAUUUUGACUACGGUACUGUGGAUGGUAGUCAAAUAGAAAACUUCUUUAAACAUACAAAUAUAUCGCAUUAUGCAAAGAUGUGGGCACAUAUGCACUUGCUCUCCAAGGAAUCUAUGGUGAGAAGAGUUGAAAAUGGAUUCGAUCGAGUUUUAAGAGAGAAAUAUGCCUUCCUGUGGGACUCACCAGUAGUAAGGCAUCAUAUAGCCACUGAUUGCGGCCUCACGGAAAUAGGAAGCCCAUUCGAUUUGAAAGGAUAUGGAAUAGCUACACAGAAGGAUUCCAUUUACACUGAAAAACUGUCUUGGGCAACAUUAAAGCUGAAUGAUGAUGGUAUUCUAUAUCGUUUGGAGGGAAAGUGGUGGCGCCGGCCAAAUUGUCCUGAUCCUCGCCAGAGCGCCAAAAGUAAAGCCAUAGAAAUCAAUGUGGCUUCCGGUAUGUUCAUCGUACUACUGGGAGGCAUCGUCCUGUCAAUCGUUGUAUUCCUGGGAGAAAUGCUUUAUUACAGAGCAAGGGCAAAGAAUAAAAAGCCAAUUGAAGAGCGUGAGGAAAAUAACAUUCACAGUUCCGGUAACCAUGUUGGAAAUAACGCUGAGACCAGCAGUAAGGACGAUGAGGUACGUACAGUCUUGUCUCGUACAUUAAGUAUUGGCGAGAACUGCGUACACAAUCGCUGGGAGUAGUACCUUAUAGGAAGUACAUUGUACAAUACAUAUAUACAUGAGAGUAUAAAUGUGGUUUAUAUUUGGAUGAAGUGAACACCGGUCCAGGAUAGUUGACGUCAUUGAUGAACACGUGAUAAGUGAUAUAAGAGGAUGAUUAUGAUGCUAAUGACCACAGACAAACUGUUGAUCUGCCUGUAUAUAUCAAUGUACAUUUUUGAAGAACGAACAAGUGAUUUGUACCGUUCCGUUGCUAUAGUUACCAAGUAUUUUUUAUUUAAAUAAUUUUGGCCAAAAUAUGAAUAUGUUGUAUACUGAUAUGUAUACAACAUAGUAUGUGAAGGUUGGAAGAUAUUGUGUUUACAGAUAAUGUGUGAAAAAAAUAAGAACAAUGUAUGGUAAUUGUAUUAAUAUCUUCCCUAAUGUACUUCAGUACAUUGCACUUGAAUGAUAUUAAAGUUAUGAAAUUAUUAUCAAUUCUUCAUACGAUAAUAAUACUUAAUACUAUUCCAUGCUCCCUAAUUUAUAAAACUCACCUGGAUAAUUGUGAAUGCUAGAACAACUGCUGAGUUUAGGUCGGCGUAUGGUAGAUUCAAUAUUGUUUAUUCAAUUGCAUUAUUAGGAAUGAAUGAGGAUUGGUAUGACACUGAUUAAAUGAACUAUUUAAGAGCAUUCGCAGCAUUAUUUUUAUACGUUGAAGUCUCGAUAUUGCAAUGCUAAAAUGCUGUUACACUAAAGAUACUGAUAUACAAAUGUUCAAGCAUAAAGUUAAACAUUUCUCAAAAUGAUCGAUCUCUUAACCAUGUUUUGAUAGUCUACCAUAUACCGCAACAAAAACUAAGACGCAAAAACGUAUAUGAGAAAUAUAGGCAUAUUAAAUGCCGGUUUAUUGUUGUUGUUUUUUUUCUGAAUAAAUUUCAAUAAGUUUUGUUGCUUAUUAUCAAACUUCACAAUCUGGAAACAGACAAUUUGUGGGAAUGAAAGGAUUAGAUAGAUGAUUAUAUUUCCGUCAUUGUAUUGACUCUAAGUCUUUGCUGCAUAAUAACACUCAGGGAAUACAGUACAUAACUUGGUAUACGAGGCAGGGAUUACAAUACAGACCUUGGUAUAGUAGGCAGGGAAUACAAUACAGACCUUGGUAUAGUAGGCAGGGAAUACAAUACAGAACUUGGUAUAGCAGACAGGGAAAACAAAUAUAACUUGGUAUAACAGGCAGGGAAUACAAAUAUAACUUGGUAUAGCAGGCAGGGAAAACAAAUAUAACUUGGUAUAGCAGGCAGGGAAUACAAAUAUAACUUGGUAUAGCAGGCAGGGAAUACAAAUAUAACUUGGUAUAGCAGGCAGGGAAUACAAAUAUAACUUGGUAUAACAGGCAGGGAAUACAAAUAUAACUUGGUAUAGCAGGCAGGGAAAACAAAUAUAACUUGGUAUAGCAGGCAGGGAAUACAAAUAUAACUUGGUAUAGCAGGCAGGGAAUACAAAUAUAACUUGGUAUAGCAGGCAGGGAAAACAAAUAUAACUUGGUAUAGCAGGCAGGGAAUACAAAUAUAGCUUGGUAUAGCAGGCAGGGAAAACAAAUAUAACUUGGUAUAGCAGGCAGGGAAAACAAAUAUAACUUGGUAUAGCAGGCAGGGAAAACAAAUAUAACUUGGUAUAGCAGGCAGGGAAAACAAAUAUAACUUGGUAUAGCAGGCAGGGAAAACAAAUAUAACUUGGUAUAGCAGGCAGGGAAUACAAAUAUAACUUGGUAUAACAGACAGGGAAUACAAUACAGAACUUGGUAUAGCAGGCAGGGAAAACAAAUAUAACUUGGUAUAACAGACAGGGAAUACAAUACAGAACUUGGUAUAGCAGGCAGGGAAAACAAAUAUAACUUGGUAUAGCAGGCAGGGAAAACAAAUAUAACUUGGUACAGCAGACAGG